CCCCGCGAUAAACGAGGGAUUACUGUAAUUCGUUUUAUAGUGUUCAUGCUAAAGCCUGAGAUCAGCGCCCAAAAAAAGCUUUCUUCUAGACGUUUUGCAUGCAUCCUGGACAUAUUUAAUGUAAUGCAAUGAUCUUACAAUUACCUCAUUUAUAUAGUUUCAUUAUUCUUUUUUUGUUGAUUUGUCUAUAUUUGAAUGCACACAACAGAUGUGAGUAGAAUGUAAUUCAGUGCAGCUGAAGAGCAAAGAUGUUAGUGAGAGGGUGAAAUACCUGGAAUCAGAGAAGAAGAAAUGGAGGAGAGACGGGGAGCAGUGUGCUGCUGUUCUCUCUGAACUCUAACUUUCAUCACUAAAUGUAUUUUUUCCUUCGCCAUGAAUUGCUACAAGUUCAUAGAACUGAUCAACAUGUACACGCACAGUCUUCAGAUGCCUUUUAUUGUGACAUUUAAUAAGUUUUAAUGACUGCUACAAAACUGCUGUUACACUUUUAAAUCCUCUUAAAAUUCUAGCACUUAUGUCACAUGUCCGGAUUGAUUUAAAAUAUGUUGAAUUCUUUUUUUUAAAUACACUUUAUUGAAUUUCAACAAGGAACAAAACAAUACACAGAAGAGAGUGCAAUAACCCCCAACCCAGACGGCUACACUGCACAUCCAAUAAAAACAUAAAGACACAAAUGAUAAAGUAGAAAAAAGAAAUAAAAAAAAAAUAAACCUAAAUAGACAAAAUGACAAAGUGAAAAUAUUCAAUCUCAAUAAAGUAUGUUUCUUGCAAACCACAUGUGCACCAAUGUGUGUUACCAACAUUAAUUCAAGUCAAUAAUCUUGAGCGCACACGUCAGAGGGAGCACGAGGUUUCUUCUUUAUUAUUUUAUUUACAUGUACCUCAUCUGUGUCCGGACUGUUUCGGAGCGGCUGCCUUAGCGGGUAAAGCCCAGUGGUGCAUGUCGAGAGCAGUGUGCAGUGCAGAGGGAGAGCGCGCGCGUGCUCCUCCUCGGAGCAUGCGGACGCUCGCGCUUUUAAAGCGCAGCUUCUCCUGCCGCUCCCCUGUCCCUCACACUCUGCAGCCUCACCUGACCUCAUCCACCGCAUCUGCCGAGGAAAGACAGCUCCUCACGUUUUUUCCUGUGGAUAAAACAUCUGGCUGGAGCCUUACCUGCCCUCAGCUCCGCCGAGGAAAUACCUCACAUUUUUCCUGUGGAUAAAACGUCUUGUUGGAGGCACAAUGACCUCUCAAAGAGCGCAGGUGUGGCUGUCACUGGAUGCUGAGGCAGUCAGCUCGCUCAAAGAGGGAGUCAAUUUCAAGAGACACCCAGAGGACGGGAAAAGCUACAUCAUAUACAAGAGCAGCGACGGCCUGAAAGCAUGCAAGAACCAGUGCAAACACCAAGGAGGCUUGUUCACCAAAGACAUCGAAGACCUGGAUGGCAGGACUGUUAAAUGCACCAAACACAACUGGAAGUUAAAUGUGUCGACAAUGAAAUACGUGAAUCCACCGGACAGCUUCUUGCAGGACGAACUUGAAGUGGAGAUUUUGGACGAUGGGGGGCUUCGGUUGGUCGAGCUGAGCCCCGUCGACCCCUGGCUGGCUGACCCUCGAGAGCCUCUGGAGCUCCAGGAAGGAGAAGUCAAAGUGAUGUACUUGACCCACGCCUGCAUGGAGCUGCAGCUGGGACAGAGGCGGUUCGUGUUCGACCCGUGGCUGACGGGCCCUGCGUUCGCCAGAGGCUGGUGGCUUCUCCACGAGCCCCCGGCAGACUCCCUGGACAGGCUGUGUGCAGCCGAUCUCAUCUACAUCAGCCACAUGCACUCCGACCACCUCAGUUACCCCACACUGAAGGUGCUGUCGGAGAGGAGGCCCGAUGUCCCCAUUUACGUGGGUGACACAGUGAGACCUGUCUUUUGGUAUCUGGAGCAAAGUCGAGUCAAGCUGACCAACAUCAACGUGGUUCCUUUUGGAGUCUGGCAAAAUGUUGAUGAACACCUGAGAUUCAUGAUCCUGAAGGAUGGUGUGCAUCCUGAAAUGGACACCUGCAUCAUUGUUGAAUAUAAAGGUCACAUGAUUCUGAACACCGUGGACUGCACCAGGCCGAACGAGGGCAGGCUGCCGCAGAACGUGGACUUAAUGAUGAGUGACUUUGCCGGGGGGGCAUCUGGAUUCCCCAUGACCUUCUACGGAGGGAAAUACAGUGAUUCCUGGAAGGCAGACUUUAUCAAGAGUGAGAGGAAGAAGCUGCUGAAUUACAAAGCUCAGCUGGUGAAGUCCCUGCAGCCCAGGAUCUACUGCCCAUUUGCUGGCUAUUUUGUGGAGGCUCAUCCAUCAGACAGAUACAUUAAGGAUACAAAUGUGAAAAACAGUGCAGCGGACCUCAAUGCGCUCAUCAACAAGCUCACGCCAGACAUCAAGACGUGGACGCCCGAGCCAGGCGCCGUGCUGGACCUCGGCCUCGCUCUGAGAGACCCCACUAACAGUGAUGCCAUCACCAGUGCGCCAGCCAGCGCAAAAAUCUACAAGGACAGUUGGGAUUUCGACCUGUAUGUGGAUGAACUGAACAGCGCCAUCAGCUGUGAGAUAUUUAAACAUCAAAGCUGGAUCCAGUUUUAUUACACCUGGGCAGGCUUUCAAAACUACAACCUUGUAGUGCGGGUGAUUGAGACAGAUGACAACUUUGGACCCCUAACUGACGGCUAUGACUACCUGGUGGACUUUCUGGAUCUGUCGUUCCCCACCAAGAGGCCUGACAGAGAACACGCCUACAUAGAGAUUAAAAACAGGAUUGGGGUGAUGAGAUACGUGGUGCUGCACGGCCGUCUCUGGGAUGACCUCUACAUCGGCUUCCAGAACCGCAUAAGCCGGGACCCGGACACCUACCACCACAAGUUCUGGAAUCACUUCCAGACAGAGCUGCCCAUUCGCGGGCCAGACUGGGAGCAGUUCCUGCUGCAGGAGGAUUCCAUCCAAGAGCCCGACGAGGCUGAAGAGGAGCCAGACAUAUGGAGCUACUGCGUAGUGUUAUGAAUAUCAAUUAUCGGUGUGUGAAGAUCAAGUUGAUGAUUUGGUUUCCGUUUUAAUUUACAACGCUCACGGCAGCUGGUUAAUUCCAGUUUGUUUGGUGUAGAUUAUAUUGCACUGUGAUAAAUUAAAUGAAGGGUGAAACAGACGAGAUAAAAACGCAGUAAUCCAUCGCUGUGGACAUCAAGGCGGUAUCGGUGCAGUUUAAAGUCAGAUGUUGAAUUUUUAAAAAUUAAAAACAAAAUUCUUUCUCUUACAAAUAAAAAGUUGAAGUCAUAACCAAUAAGACACACCUUUGGUCAAUUCUACAAGCUACAAUUCUGUCUGUGCAUCAUUAUGGUGAUAUUGUAUAUAUGAAUGCUUCACUGCACUUUAAAGCCUCUCGACUUCAUAUUUCAUUGUGCGGCACAGGUGAUCACAGGUGAUGCAUUUUUCAUUUCCUACACCUAUACAGAAAGGUGGGACGGUCAUCUGUAACAAACAGAAGGGAGCAGCACUGUAAAAAGUUUAUUUAUGAGGCUACUAAAGACAUUUGGGUACCUUUGCUCUCUGGGUGCUUUUAUAUCCACUACUAACAGGAUAUUUUAACGAUAAUUUCUUAAUUGUGAAAAUGUACAUUGUGUGUGUCAUGAACGCUUUUUAUUGUACACACAAGUCUGUCUCA